GUUUUGAUGAGCCGCUUUCCAAGGUUAUCCUUGUAUCCUUCCCCUUCGGCCCAUCCUUGCCCGCUUUCGCUGGCCGCGCCCCGCUCGCAACGUGUUGACACGGCCUUCCAAUGCCCUUUCCUUCUAAUCGUACGUCCUUAUUCCACGGGUUGGUUGCAUUGCUCUGCUUGGAAGGGCAGUUUUGUAGGGACGACGAGGAACCCAAGGCACCGCUGCAAGAGCGGUGCUGGACAUCUUCACUGGCAUUGUCCUAGAAGAGGGCGGCAAUGCCUUCUUUCUUCAGUGAUAUGAUGCUUCAUUUUGUUGGUUCGAAUGCAUGCCCCUCCCAAGCAGGAGCAGAAGUUCCAGAGCUACCUGUUCAGCCAUGUCGAGAUGUCCGGUACCAACUACCAUUUGGUGUCUGGAUACGGCUCUCAAUCGACGGCCGCCGAGAAGUUUGAGUCUUUGAUUCGCGCAUACAACGACGCCGUCACCCACAGGAUGGAGGUGAGCACCAACAACAGAUACUACGCAACAUGGUUGGGGACCUUCGUGGCCGCAUUCUACACAUUCCUGGGCGGCUCGCAGGUCAUCGCUGGGACCCUGGGUACAGGCUUGUUUUUGGCCAACAUCGCGGCCCUCAUGAACAUGGGCGAGGUAUGGGACGGCAUAUACACGAAUCUUUUGGACAUGGAGAUGGUCGUUCCGUCGCUGAGGCAAGUCAUGAAAAUGAUGAACGUGCCCUUGUCGGUGGAGAAGCGGAUGAGUUUCCAACGGGCUUGUACGAUGAAGACGGUGGUCAUGAUGAAGGAGGACAAGUCCCACGGCAAGGGAGUUGGCCCCGUGAUGAUUGCCGCGGACAGUCUGCCGUUCCAGAUCAAGCUCAGCAACGGAGGCAUCGCCGAGUUGCACCAGGGCUCCUUCGUCGCUGUACUCGGGCGGAACGGCAGCGGCAAGGCCGACCUGCUGAAGGUGCUGGGCGGCGUACGGUUCCCCGCGCGCAGCCACGUCGGCCGCUUCUUCAUCCCAUCGCACCUGCGGCUGGUCCACAUCGAAUCGCAGCCGCUGUUUUUCCCCG